GGGUUUGUCCUUCCAUAGUUGUUUGUAGUAUUUUUUAUCUAUUUUUAAUAAAUUUAAGUAGUAUUUUAAUAAAUAUAAAGAUAAAAUGUUAAUCAUACGAUGUAAGGGAUCAAAAAGAAGCGAAUUUCGCUUUCUUCUUAGGAAUUGAAAUGUUUCAGCAGGGUCGUGUUAUAAUCAUUUGGUUGUCCUGGUUUAUUGGCGGUAUAAGCGGUGUUGUUAUUUUGUUAAUUAUUAUAUGUUACUGUCGCCUAAUGCCGCGCCAUCAGAAAUCGUUCGAUGAACAGUAUCUCAAAGAAAACUAUGCAGUUAAGGAGAACCAUGCUUAUACGAGUCAAGAGAAUUAUAGAAUAAAACAUGCCGAGUCGGGUGGUGGUCGCGCGGUGCGGCCCGCGAGUUACGCGGGCGGCGCGGGCAGCGGGGCGGGCGGCGGGGCGGGCGGCGGGGCGGCGGCCGAGCGGCGAGCGCACUGCUACGUGAACCGCGUGCCCGAGCCGCGUCCAUCGCCCGCGCAGUACUCCUCCAGCACUGUGUUGGACGAAAUCGAGGGCGCUGCGAAUAUGGACGCGCUGAAGACCCGUUCGCUGCCCGCCUUCCUGAGACCGAAGCCGCGCCCGCUCUCCACAGAGGAUGAUUUACACCAGCUAUACGCUAAGGUGAACUUGAGCAAGAAAUACAAGAACCGCAUGCGGAGCGAGCACGCAGCGAUCAUCGCGUUGAGCAAGUCCCACAGCCAGUUCUUCGACGCGGACGCGGUCAUCGUGUACGACCAGAGGACUGCGCUCUGAAUACUGGUGAUAAAGCCUAGAGUGACCGUUUACUUGGCACUGAAGUAUUUAGAGCCGACCUUAGAUUACCUGGCGUAGGAGGGCAAAUUUUAGAUGUUGAAAAUUGAUUUGGGAUGCGGGGCUGUUUAUUUUGGUAAGCUUGUUGGUAUAGAGUACAUAGGUAUCGAAAACAUACGAAAUGCACACAACGCAAUCGUCGAGGUCUGAGCCGCACUGACGCUCUUGGGUGUACCCCACAAUCUACCAGUAAGAAUCGACAUUUCUUUACUCCUCUCGCAGGUUUGGAGUGCUAUAUGCAAUCGUUCCUGCACGCAUCCGAUGAAACUGUUAAGACCAUUUGCGACCAAGUACAGAUCGAAAAAACAACAAUGCGGUCCAAAUAUGGCCCUAGGCCUAUGAGGAAACGUUAUAAAAUAUGCUGACCAUUGUAAUGCUAGCUCGCAAACGUAUCCACACUUCGGUCAUCUCUUCUAUCUUAUAAAAUGCCGGCAGUGCUCGUGCCCUCUGUGUUAUAAAAAAAAAAUGCGCGUCUGUAGGAUAGAGCAGCUUAAUAUACAGAAACAUUGGGAUUCGGUUCUGAGGCGCUAUUUCUCUACAUUUAGCUCUCUAGCUAAUAUUUUAAUUUGAUAGUUUCACGAAAUAACAAUUUUAUGGGCCAUCAUAUCCUAAUAACUCUAACUCAAAUUUUUGACGCAAAGGAUUUUGCUGUAAUAUCAAAUUUUAAUUUUGUAGAUAGGUUUAGAAAAUCGGCGCCUGAGAAUCGAUUCCACUGUGCUCUUGGAUACCUAUCUGUAGAAGAAGAAUAGAUACGUAGAUUAUAUCGUCAUAGUCGUAGAAUACUGACGGAUCUGACAAAGAUUACAUAUAAAGAUCCGUCAGUAUUCUACGACUAUGACGACAUAGAUAGAGCAUCGAGUCUGAAAAAAAUGGGUCAAUUUUAAUUGUCAAAUUAGCUGACAGGUGUUUUUUAUCUGUCUUCUAUAUACUUACGCUUACAAUGUAUCUUGACGUGUAUAUAUUUAAUAAAUAAAAUGAGUGUAUAUGUACUAAAAAGAUGCAAAAUUUAUAAGACAAAAUAAAUAUUAAUCAUAGGAAUCACUCAUAAUUAAAAUAGUUACUAUUUUUUUUUUUAAUGGGUGAAAAUGGAUUGGUAACCCCGCCCGCGCUAUUGGUAUACACCGACGAGGCACCAGUGGAAGAUGAUAGGUGAGAAUGAAUGCAGGUCAGUUGGCCCACCAUGAUGAAUUCGACAAGAAUUAAACAUGAUGGUUUCCACGGGGAACCGCGUGGAGGUCAACCUGAGAGGGUAUAUUGCCAGUAAUGGGGUUAUUAGACCCCAUUACUAACAAUCCCUUUCCCCCCACUCAUAACUAUUUAUCACGCAAAAUUGUAUGAAACAGUUGACCCACUUUUCUCGAAGCAUUUGUAUGGAAACACUCUAUCUAUAUAAUCUAAGGGUAGACAGUAUAUUUGAACUUCUUCAUGUGACAGCAUUGAGGGUAUUGCACAAUCUACUUUAAAUGCAAUGAUUAACGAAAUGAUAUUAAUAAGAGAAGAGAAUCAGAUAUCAUAAAAUGUAUUUCAGUCAUUAAACUGCUCAUUUCCAUUAAUUGUAAGAAACCGUACGAUUGUAAUAUAUUAUUGUAAGGUUUCUUUUAUUCGUUCCUGUUUAAAAUCUAAAACUUCUCCAACUCCUGCCAGGAAUGAAAAUAGGAUUAAAUCAACUUUCUAUACCCUCUCUAGCAGAGUGGGGAAACUAUUUGCCCCUUAAUUAUCCAUUUAAACAUACAUUAUAGCUACGAAUCCAUUAAUAUAAUAGUAGAAAUCGUACUUUAAAACCUACCAUAGAUAAGUCCUUUCUCCUCUACAUAUCAGUAUUAUCGAGUGAACAUAUUCGUGAGACAUAAAAUAAUACAUAUAAGUAUCAUUUUGCGAUAGCAAAAGUCAAAUAGGUAUCUAGUAAGUAUAAAUAAUGCGCACAGUUAGUUGUACACUCUGGUCAAAGAAUAGACAAUACCCAGAAGGAAAACUCUUUUGACGUGCCGACAAAUGUGUAAGGGUUACCAUAAGGGAGCUAAGUAAAUUAUAAAUAAUCAAAAUUGUUUCCUACAAAAAAAAAAAAAAAACUAUUGUGACUAAAUCAAAUAUUUUAAUCUUUGAUUUUGAAAAUUGGUUUAGAACUGACGGAGUUAUGAAGUAACAAACAAAAAAAUACGACCGGUCUGGGGAACCGGUUUGAAGUCAGUUUAAAAAAGGAGAUUUUUUAUUAUAAUUCAAAUAAAGUCUAUUUUUUAAAAAGCGAUACUGAUAUCGAUCGGUAUCUAUAUAUCGGUAUUGUCUAUUCCGUGUUCUAAUUGUACGAACGGUUAUCUAAUUCGAUCCAACCCUAAACUUAAUUGAUACGUUAAAUUUCGGUGUUAUAGAAAAAAAAAAAUGUUGUCCAUUUUCAUAAAGAAUUUAUACUAUAAUUACUUGUAUAAAAUUGGCGAAAUUGUGAUUUUGAAUCAUGUGAUAUACGUUAACGAAAUUGUGGCCUAAUUUAAAAAAAAAAUAAUAUAUAUAAACGUUUGACUGCGUGUGUGUAUAGUCGCGUGCAAAAGUGCGUGAGUUAUUUAAAUUGAUACAUUUUAAUAGGCCUUUAAGGAAAGCGAAAAGUAAAGUGUCUAAAGACAAGUAUUUAUAUUUCUUAAUAUUAGUCUCAGCGAAGUGAAAUAACGUUUAUUUCUUAUAUUCUUUAUUGGAAGAGAUCAAUUCAGGAGCACCAUUUUUUAUCUUUAGAUAUUAAAACUUAAAAUUUCAAUCUUAAGAUUGAUUUUACAACACAAUCAUUAUUCUAAUACAUAGUUUGUAUAAAUGCAGUCAGAACUAGGAACAAAAAUUCUUGGAAGAUUCUGGUAAGAUAAUACUAAUCUUUUUAAUGCAUUCCAUGUGAAUUAUGAACAAUAAAGAUUUUACAAUACAGUAAUACUUUUGCAAAAUAAAAACAAAGAAAAAAUAAAGUUAAAUUUAAAAUUUUUGAGAUUGUCUAAGGCGGUAGAUUUACUGAAAAUAAUAUUUAAUGGACUUCGGAAUCGACCUUACUACCUGUCUACUGUUGCGAGUGCCUGCAUUCGAGAACAGUACAUUGGGCGUUUUUGUCAUUAGUGAUAAAUUAUUUUACUUCGCUGAAACUAAAGCUUUAAAGCUUAUUAUUUGACUACAGACUAUUUGUAUGAUACUACUUAAAACGCUAAAGGUACAUUUAGCAAUGCCUAACAAACUGGUACUUACAAUGACAUACUUGUUAAAAAAUGUGUAAUUAAAAUAUAGGCUUCGUCGCUUUUUUUAAAUUUUCCAAACUCUAAUCCAAACAAAUAUAUAAUAAUAAAAAUAAUUCAAUCAUAAAAAACAUAAAAUCUCUCAUGUUUAUUUAUUUUAGCUAUUGAACUGUUUUGUCUCUUUCUUUUACCAUAAAUUUCCAAUUUGAAAGAAAGUAACAUAACAGUGUUAUAGUUAAAAUAAAUUUGUAGAAGGUUUUAGUUUUUAUGAAUAAAGGGGUAAAUCAAUAAAAUGGCUAAAAGUAUAUCAUGGGGGUCUACCCCAUACUUAGCGUUUAUAUACAUUCUUUUAAUUUUGUCAAGAUGGCGAUUUUUUUCGAAGAAGUCUUUUGAUUUAGCGUGUUCUGGGUUGUGAUAUAAAUUGCCUGGUUUCUCGAGUAUUAUCCUCGUUUGAGGAUAAAGCAGCUGGUGUGAUUGUAUUGUAAUAAAAAAAAAUUAUUACAAUAUCAAACACUUUUCUACACGUCUAGACUCAUUUUUGUUGCGCUGUAUAAAAUUGUAUAAUAGAUAGAUAGAUGUUUAUAACAAUAUAGUAAAUGUCGUAGUUUAAAAUUGUUGUUGAAUUUGUAGGCAAUCACUUGUUUCAGUAAUGUCCCAUACUUUGGAGUUCCAACUUUUGAGACUGCAGAUUUUGUACUUUUUAUACAGCUGCGCCUAGACUUUCCAAGAAGUAGCGUCAACAGGAACGCUAUCAAAUUAGAUAGAAAGACCUAAAAUGACCACUAUAGGUGAUAUCUAACUGGAUCGAUGAAAGAUCAGGGAUUGUAAUUCAUCUAUUUGAUAGUUUCUAUGAGAAUCUGUAAAUUAUUCUGGGCUUGUUCAUUAAUAUAUGGUAAACGACUGAUGAGUCUAAUUACAUAGUUGUUAGAAGAAACUCCUGGGCAAAUCAACUCCUAUGGUUUUGCAGAUUCUUGUAGUGUCCGUCGAACGUUGAAACGUGUUGACUGUUAUCGUCAAUUGUUCUAGUGUUUCACAUUCUGUAAUCGAAUCCUAUCAAAUGGCGAAAUCGUUUUUUUUUUUUUAAUUAUCCAACUGAUUCAAAGAUCAAAAACAGUUAUUCGCAUUAAAUUUUUAAAUAAAGGCAGAGACAUCUAUUCCGGUAUAGAUUGUGAAUAUGGCAUGGCCCUCCAAAAUCCGAAGAACUAAAAAUGUAUGAGUGAAAAUAUUUAAAAGAUAUCGACCAAGGACUAUAACACUCCUUUGGCUGGACCGUUACUGAUAACGUAUCUUCACAAACAGAGCAUCACAUCUGUAUAUAGUCACACACAUUGAAGUAAAAAGUUCGAGGAACGAGGAAUCUAAGAAAAAAACUAUUUCCCCGAUUGAUUGGACUUUUGAUUGAACACUAUGUAACAGCCUAUAACGUGUUUCAACCGUGAAGCAGUUGUGUUCGCAUGGCUGUGUUUCGGUUUGAAGGGUGGGAUAUGACGUGAAUUUACUGGGUAUGGAGAAAUAACAUCUGAGUCCUCAGGAAUGGCAACGCAUGGGGAGUAUCAUGGGCGAAACAGUAUACUCUGUUAUGUCCAUAGUACUGCUCAUGUCUAUAGGCGACGGUUACCACUUUCCAUCAGGUGGGCCGUCAGCUUGUUUGCCAUUCUAAGUUGCAUAAAAAAAUAACGGUCGUAGUGCAAUUCCCUAUAUCAUUAGCAAAGUAUGGCCUACUGUAAAAGCCCAAAGUUAGCAUAUACUGGUUUCAUUGUACACAAUAUUUGUAGAUUUGUUAAUGUUAAUAACAUUUUUAUAACCGAAAAA